GUCGUUUGAAGUGUCAGUCACCCUUAGCGUGCAGACGCUGGAAGACGGUGUGCUGUGUGCUUUAAUGGGUUUAUGUUCAGAUUUAUGCGUUUGUUAACUAGCAUUUAAAAUCUCACCAUGUUUCGAAGAAAGCUUACAGCUCUGGAUUAUCACAACCCCGCUGGGUUUGACUGCAAAGACGAGACGGAAUUCCGAAAUUUUAUUGUGUGGCUGGAAGAUCAGAAAAUCAGGCACUACAAAAUUGAAGACCGGGGCAAUCUGAGAAACAUACACAGCUCAGACUGGCCCAAACACUUUGAAAAGUACCUUCAAGAUGUCAGCUGCCCAUUUAAGGCUCAAGAGAGACAAGAGGCCGUGGACUGGCUGCUGGGUUUGGCAGUGCGGUUCGAGUAUGGAGAUAACGCUGAAAAAUACAGGAACUGUAAACCAGAAAUAGCUGCCAAUAAUGCAGGGAAGCAAUCUGAUCCACUCAUAAAUCUCGACAUUAAUAAUCCAGAUUUCAAAGCGGGCGUGAUGGCUCUUGCGAAUCUUCUCCAAAUCCAGCGCCAUGAUGACUACCUGGUUAUGCUGAAGGCAAUUCGGAUUCUGGUUCAAGAACGAUUAACCCAGGAAGCCAUAGCAAAAGCAAAUCAAUCAAAAGAGGGUUUGCCAGUUGCUUUGGACAAGCACAUCCUUGGUUUUGAUACAGGAGACGCCACAUUAAACGAGGCAGCUCAGAUCCUGCGGCUGCUGCACAUUGAAGAACUGCGAGACCUGCAGACCAGGAUCAAUGAAGCUAUUGUGGCGGUGCAGGCCAUAAUCGCUGACCCGAAGACUGACCAUAGACUGGGUAAAGUGGGCAGAUGACCUGCCUGCCACACCCAGUCUCUGCUCUGCACACCUGCUCUCAGACAGUCUGUAAUCUUGACAUCUCCAUGAGGCCUGCUCAGAUUUGUUUUUGGGGUGGUGGGGUGUUAAAAGAUGGUAUGCAAAACAUCAGCCAGUUCUAUGGUAAUUUGAAAAUAAACUUUAAAAUGACUGAUCCACGAUUUAAUGUGUUUAAUGUUAAUAAAGUAUAUAGAAAGAUA